AUGUCAAUUGAAAUUGAAUCUGCUGACGUGAUUCGUUUGAUACAGCAAUAUCUUAAAGAGUCGAAUCUUGUUAAAACGUUACAAACAUUACAGGAAGAGACUGGUGUGUCGCUGAAUACAGUGGACAGUGUAGAUGGUUUUGUAGCAGAUAUAAACAAUGGACAUUGGGAUACAGUACUGAAAGCUAUACAGUCGUUAAAACUACCUGAUAAAAAGCUUAUUGAUUUAUAUGAACAGGUUGUUUUGGAAUUAAUUGAACUACGAGAAUUGGGAGCAGCUAGAUCAUUAUUGAGGCAAACAGAUCCUAUGAUUAUGAUGAAACAACAGGAACCUGAAAGAUAUAUUCAUUUAGAAAAUUUACUCGCGCGUUCAUAUUUCGACCCCCGUGAAGCAUAUCCCGAUGGAAGUACAAAAGAAAAACGAAGAGCCUAUAUAGCCACAGCUCUUGCUGGUGAAGUAUCAGUAGUACCAUCAAGUAGAUUACUUGCAUUACUAGGCCAGGCACUAAAAUGGCAACAGCAUCAGGGUUUACUUCCACCUGGUACUACCAUAGAUUUAUUCAGAGGAAAGGCGGCAGUGCGCGAUCAAGAAGACGAAAAAUAUCCAACACAACUUUCAAAACAGAUUAAAUUUGGUCAAAAAUCUCAUGUAGAAUGCGCACGUUUCUCGCCCGAUGGUCAAUAUUUAGUUACUGGUUCUGUCGACGGGUUUAUUGAAGUAUGGAAUUUCACAACUGGUAAAAUCAGAAAAGAUUUGAAGUAUCAAGCUCAGGAUAAUUUCAUGAUGAUGGAACAAGCAGUAUUAUCAAUGGCAUUUAGCCGUGACAGCGAAAUGUUAGCUGGGGGUGGGCAAGAUGGAAAAAUAAAGGUAUGGAGGGUACAAAGUGGACAGUGCUUAAGGAGGUUUGAAAAGGCACAUUCUAAGGGUGUUACAUGUCUUCAGUUCAGUAGGGAUAAUAGUCAAAUUUUAUCAGCAUCAUUUGAUACUACUAUAAGGAUACAUGGUCUUAAAUCUGGGAAAACUUUGAAAGAAUUUCGGGGACACGCUUCUUUCGUAAAUGAAGUAGUUUUUUCUCCAGAUGGACAUAAUACAAUCAGUGCAUCAUCAGAUGGAACUGUUAAAGUUUGGAGUUUAAAAACAACAGAGUGUAUAGGUACAUAUAAAUCUUUAGGGGCUGCAGAUUUAACUGUAAAUAGCAUACAUCUUCUUCCACGAAAUCCAGAACAUUUUGUCGUGUGUAAUCGCUCGAACACAGUAGUUAUUAUGAAUAUGCAAGGACAAAUAGUGAGGUCGUUUUCCAGUGGUAAACGAGAGGGGGGUGAUUUUGUGUGUACAGUUGUAAGUCCCCGUGGUGAAUUUAUUUACUGUGUUGGUGAAGAUCUUGUGCUUUACUGUUUCUCUACGUCUUCGGGAAAACUUGAAAGAACUCUUAAUAUACACGAAAAAGACGUUAUCGGUCUAACACAUCAUCCUCAUCAGAAUCUCCUAUGUUCUUAUAGCGAAGAUGGACUUUUAAAAUUAUGGAAACCAUAAGAAAUAUGUAUAUACAAAUUUGGACAUUUCUUUUCCAGCUAUAAUAUUUUAUUUUAUGAUAUAGCUAUGCAUUUUUCAUUUACGACUUUAUAAAAUAAAACAUUUUAA